AUGCAUCAUACACUGUUGCAUUCCGCGUAUUAUGGCGCCUCUGUCAGUACAGAGGCUUCCGCGGCGACUACCUCUGAGUCCGCCUCGAGCGUCUCUAACGACUCGCUAGUUCCGCCGAAGGUACCGCCAGUUGCGAGCGUCCAGACAGUACCACCCUCGCUCGAUCGACCUCCCAACGUUCUUUUGGCCACGGCGUGGGUCGACCUCCACACAGAAGAGGGUCGAUGUUUGAAAGUACGUGCGCUGCUGGAUCAAGGAUCCACUUUCAGUUUUAUCUCGGAGUCGCUUUCACAAGCUUUGCGCACUAAACGGCAACGAGCCAAUUUGCAAAUUAAAUGUUUCGGCGAAAAAUUCACCGGUACUGCUAAGUCACGAUUAACGCUUCGAUUAACCCCGCGUUCGAAAGCUGAUCCGAGCUUUCCUCUGGAAGCUUACGUAUAUCAACGCAUUACUUCGUAUGCCGCGUCGCAAGUUCAGCCGUUCGAAACGUGGCCACAUUUACAGGGUCUCUCCUUUGCGGAUCCUGAUCCUUCGAGUCACCACCAAAUUCACUUAUUGAUCGGUGCUGACCUUUACGGCUCACUUUUGCUGCGCGAUAUCCGUCAAGGUCCUAUCGGUACUCCGACCGCUCAAUUGACCGCUCUUGGUUGGGUACUCUCUGGCCCUACGACUAGUAGGUCCACCGCUUCUGCUGAAGCCUCCGUAUUGAACUGCGUGUCUAAUCAGGACAUCCACUUGCUUCUCCAGAAAUUCUGGGAAGAGGAGGAAAUUCCUCACCCUUUACCCCUCACUGAAGAGGAGGAGAGGUGCGAAGCUCACUUCGUUGCGAAUCAUUACCGGAAUUCGCAGGGACGUUAUACCGUCCGAUUGCCAUUUAAGCAUGAUCUCCCGAUAGAAAUCGGUGAUUCUUUAUCAAUUACAACUUCGCUGUACUAUAAAAUGGAGAGCAGGUUACGACGUCAACCUGAGCUUCAAGCUCAGUAUAAUGAGUUUUUAAAAGAAUAUCGCGCUCUCGGGCAUAUGACAAAGGUGGAGGACUCUGAGCAUUCCGAGUUCAAACCCGUAUACAUAUCGCAUCACCCUGUCUUGCGUGAUUCGAGCUGUACCACUAACUUACGCGUUGUUUUCAACGCCUCUUGCAACACGAGCAACAACUCCUCUCUCAACGAUCAUCUGUUGAUCGGUCCGAGGUUGCAACAAGACCUCCCCGCGAUACUGUUGCGCUGGCGGCAGUGGCGCCUGGUCUACACUGCGGAUAUUGCUCAGAUGUUCCGCCAGAUCCUCGUGCAUCCGUCUGACACGGACUUUCAGAGGAUUCUUUGGCGUUCGUCGGCUGACUCGCCGAUCGAACGCUACCGACUUCUCACGGUGACGUACGGGCUGGCCCCAGCCCCGUACCUUGCGAUGAGAGUCCUGAGGCAGCUCUCCAUUGAUGAAGGAGCUCUCUAUCCCGCUGCCGUUUCAAUUCUGCGCGAGUCCUUUUAUGUGGACGACGCGCUUUUCGGCGCGGACGACGAGGCCUCGUUAAUUGAGGCUCGUAUACAACUGGUGGAAAUACUAAGAAAGGGUGGAUUUCAGCUCCGUAAAUGGGCAUCCAACUCCCUCUCCCUUCUUCAGGGGCUCUCGGCUCAUCAGCCGGAAGUGAAAAAUCACUUGUUAGUAAAAGAGGAUACUCUCAAGGUCCUAGGUCUUUCGUGGCACUCGCAGGACGACUCGUUUCAAUUCGUGGUCACACCGCCGAAAACGGUCAAUCCAACGAAGCGCUCAAUUCUCUCUUUCACGGCUAAGUUGUACGACCCGCUCGGUUGGGCGGCUCCGUUCGUUGUAACCUCUAAAAUUCUGUUACAAGAGUUAUGGCUUCUCAAGUACGACUGGGAUACGCCUCUCCCUGAUAUAUAG